CGCUCGGCUACUCACAAGUCGAUAGUAGCACGCAGACAUAUAUAUGCUAAAUCCCGCGCCUUAGGCGUUGACUCGCGCUUGCAAACUCGCUCUCGCCUCCGCCCUUUCAAGCCCUUUGACGUCGCGUAGAAUCACCAUGGGCUGGGCGUACUCUGGCGAGUGGGGAAUGCUGGCUGGCUUCUGCUUCGGGACCCUGAAGAACGUGCAGGAGGGGAAGGCCUGGUUCCGGCGGCCAUAUAUUCAUGGCGCUGGCAUGAUUGCUGGAUACUACCUGUUUAAGGCGGCUGCGGACUGGGAGGAUGAGGCCCUGAAGCGCAUCAUCACCCGCUAUGAGCGCAAGGGCUAUGCCAUUCCUGAGGACCGGAAGGAGCUUUUUGCUGCUAACCAGUACAAGUAGAGCAGCCAUGCAAGGCGUGCCAUGGAUACACCUUGGAGCUGCGACCCUGCGCCAUCGCAACCAACAGUGCGGCAGCAGCAGGCGACAUGGCAGCAACAACAGGGGUUCCCUAUGACAAAACUUGUUGGCGGCAUGCGGCACGGAGCAUGGCAAGUUCAUGCAAGCGGAGGAGUGGGCGCGCCAGCAGCUCAUGAGAUGGGUGUUAUAGUUGAAGGAUUGUGGUGUGGGCUCGGCCCACUUUUCCCUGGAAGGGGGCUGCACCUCUCUUGUCAAAUGAGGAGGUAAUGUGCACUGGGGAGAAGGGCAGGGCUUGGGUGUAAGUGCCCGAGGUAUGGCACAGGCCGUGCAGGUGCAGGAAUGGCAUGACGCUCGAAGGGCGCUAGAGUCUCAGUUUAACAACAUGAACCAGGAGCAGUAAAUGUCAUAGAGACGCGGUGUGGGCACCGCACAGCUGUAAGUACCAUGUGAGCCUGA